AAUAGACCUACACAUUGAACCCAAAAUUGUGGUUCAACUCUGCGAAAAAAAUACAUCAUCGAAUCAGUGCAUUUGUAGACGUGGUUAAAAAAUAUCAUUUCCAAUAAUGGUUCAAGGUCCGAAUUUUAUGAAAAUCGAUGUGAUUUGUUUGAGGCACAGACCGGACAUGUUGAAGAACGCCAUCAACGUAAAAAUCACAUCUUCCGCCGAAAUCACCAUGGAUGAAUUUGACGGAAGCUGGCCAGCAUAUACUAGAGCAACAAACUUUUUCGCAUAUUACCGCAUUCAUAAUCGCAAACAACGUCAUUUAUUGCAAUCUUGGUACUCACAAAUUCUGGGUAGUCAAUUCAAUUAUUCAUCAGAUCGGCACGAUACCAUGUUAUUAGAUCAUUGGACCAUUGACAUUGGAAACGAGGAUGAUUUUAUUGUGGACGGUCACAAGGUCCCAUUUCAUGCAAUCAUUAAAACACCAGCUAUGGAAUAUUUCUACGCCCAAACAAAUGUCGCUUGCAAUCCCAAAUUUAUGGUUGCCUACACCGGUGAAGCACGACGAAUACCGUUAUUUGACGAGCAUAAAGUUGUACAGCCGUAUUAUCAUUCAAAUCCCGACUGUUCGGUUUUAAAUAACUGCACUGAGUUGAGAAAUUGCUAUAGGAAAAUUGAACCGAUUCGCCAGGUUCAGGCUGUUAUGACAGAAAGCGAAAGACUUGCCGAAGAGGUCUUUUGAGUGAAGGGAGCAGUUACAUAAUGGAACAUGUAUUGCCUCCCAGUCGUGACUGCGCAACUUUUACUAAUAUUUUUUUUUAAAUCAUUGUUCUAAUACGUCUUCAUCAAAAUUAUUUGUUUUGUGUCACAAAGUGUAGUUGUACGUAGUCAUUUAUUUGACGUAAAUUAAAUACAUCUGUCCG